AUGGAAAAGAAACAAAUUCGCGAAAUGAAUCAACCACCGACACUCUCAAGACACAACUUCUUAUCAGGCACUAAGCGAAAAGCAAUUGAGGAGCGCAUGAAUCGAGUCGAAGAGAAUCGUAAGUAUGCCCAAAUGAUUGAUCGGCGGAGUAGAUCGUAUUUUCCGCUGGCAUUUAUCAUCUUUAAUAUUUUCUACUGGAUCUAUUACAUCAAAUUCGCUAAAGAUACAAUCGAAUAG